AUGCUGCUUCGAGCGAGUGCCUCUAGCACUCUGCACACCCGCGGCGCCAGCUGCUGUAGUGGGGCCUGCACGGGCCUCUACAGCUUCGGCUGUCUGACGGUGCAGCAGCGCUUCAUCGAGUACUGGGGCUCGGGUGUGACGGGUCGCACGCAGCCGUAUGCGCAGGGUGACAUGCUCCCGCGCAUCGACAACAUGCGCUUCCCGGUCAACAAGGCGACCAGCGCAGCUGCGAGUCUCACCGGUAACCAGUCCGGCAUCGCCUACAACAGCUCCAACAUAUUCCGGGUGGAGGGCUUCAGCCCACUAGAGAAGGAGCACUACCAGUCACUGCGCGGCUCUACAACGCACAAGGUGGAGCCACUGCUGCCUCACAUUGGAAAGGAUGUGAUGGUGUUGCUGAAGAACAUGUCUGAGGAGGGAUUGCUGGAGGAGUACUGGUGGAUGCGCGUGGUGAAGGACUUUCCGUCAAUGAAGACGCCGUGCACGGCCGAGUUCAAGAGUGCGUGGGAGAAGUUCUACGCAGAGGCGAGCGGCGUGGCGCACGACGACGACGCCGUGAAGGCAAUUAGCAAGCCCUUCUUGGAGGCACAGAUGCAGAAGAACUACAUCGCCUACGCGAUGGUGUGGCGCGUGGCUGAGCGACUGUGCGACGCCCUUGACGCGGCACCGGACUUGACCGUGUACGAGAGACGCGGCGGCCGCCUGGUGGUGGAGCGGGUGACCAAGCUGAUGCUCGACACGAUAGCCGACGAACCGUGGGCACAUCAGGAGACCACGAGCCCACUGCACGUCGACAUCUCCAAUUUCCGUGCCUGGCAUGAGGCCGGCUACUGGUAG